AUGUCAACUCCUGCAGAUUUAUCCAACCUACAACAAAGCAGUUCAGCAGGGAUCGAUCUCCCCACGGUUGACUUCUUCGUCUCGGAGGCGUUGCGAUCAAGAAGAUACCACAAUGUUGCCGAUACUCAGUCGCUUGCACAAGUCCAAACCUCAUUCUUCCUCUACUGCAUCUACUUCUGUCUCAAUAACGACAAUGCAGCAUGGUUCUACAUCCGCGAAGCGAUGACCAUUCUGCAGACACUACGAUAUCAUGAAGAAGCAACAUACAACGAAAUCGCGGACUCUUCCACCAAAAAGUACGCGCGACGCAUCUUUUGGGUGCUAUUCAUCACAGAGCGAGCAUAUGCAAUGCAACGGCAUCGGCCACUGACGCUGCAGCCCAUGCUAGAUCUUCCCCAGAUCGACCCGCUCAGCCCCGAUGCUAAAAUUCUGCCCGGCUUCCUAGAGCUCAUUUCCCUUUUUCGGCCGUUUGACACGGAUUUUAUCGCCACGUGGAACUCAUCUACCCCGUCGUCGACAUCGAAGUCGGCAGAGCCUGAACAGCUGGCGCGGCUGCAGAACACUCUGUCGAAUGCACUCGCCAACGUGGCCAACUUUUCUCCGAUGCAACAAGCUGAUCUUCUCAUCACACGCGAAUGGCUGAAGGUCAUUGACACUGCUAUCGGGGACGGAUAG